AGUUAGCGAAACUACACCUCCACGUUCAUACUUGCGCCAACCCGUGCCUUCACACUGCUCUUCCUGGAAUCGACCGGCCGGAAGAGGAGAGGCAAGAAAGAUACCCAGGUCUACUUCACCACUGUAAAGGUUGAUUCAAGCACCAAGCGGUCGUUACCAGUUCGCCGAUCCUCUCCAUUUCGAGCUUUUAAAGAUUUCAUCUCCGCAAUGCCAUCCUACGCACGGAACCCUUAUAGGUCCUACUCCUUCCCGCCAUGCAUCGAGACUAUCGAAGGCGAACACCCCCAGGCGAACAAUCUUCCAGAUAUCGACGAGGACCCUUUCUCUCACUUCAUCACUCCAGUCAACGAAGAAGAUGACCCAUGGGAGCUCUCGUUGAGUGCCGGGAUCCACGUUCCAGAUGGACCUCGUACUACCAAGGCCUCCAAAUUCAAGUCAAACGUCGCAGACAAAUGGACUCGAUAUGUCAAAAACAAUCACACUCAGCUUCAUAGCCAGUACCACACUCCCACCAUCCAGGAAGAGGACGAAGAGUCCUUCAUGGGCCUCGAUGACGAUCGCUUGAACGACACACCGUCGAUUGUGACACAGAUUACCACACCGCGGAUCACGAUCACGGAGCCAACUCGGGGCCGAGCACAAGAGCUUGUUGCCCGCAAGGUGCAGAACCGUCGCCGAAUGUCAAGAACACUAUCUGGCCAUCGUCACUCAUGGCGGGAACCAAGCCCAGAGCUCUUCACCGUGGACGAGUCGGAAGAGGAAGAGAGCCCUGCACUCAGGCGCGCGAAGUCGAGAAAGGCCAAGGAUGGUGCAGAGCGCCGGAGGUCGUCGACGAGGUCGAGGUCAAGAGUGAGGUUUGACGUUGCAGAAAGAUCAAGACUGUAGGCAGGCGCAUACCUAGACUGCAUCACACAUUUGCAUUGGGAGGUGUUGAGGCGUCUUUGUCAUUUGGACAUUGUUGCAUUUCAUGGAGUUAGUUGUGUUUCUUGCACUGGUCGCAAAGCAUUGUAUGGCGUUCUAGUAUCUCUUCUCUUCAGCAUGCAUAUAGGGCAUCUUGCAUUGGGCGGCGUUCAACUUGAGCAUUUACAUACGUUGUUAUGCAGCGCGCGAUACGAUAGCAUUUGAAGGAGUUGUAUUUAGCACAUUUGGUUAUAUCAUUGAAUCAACAUACCGGUAUCAUGAUUACAACACCAUCAAGUCCUCAGCAUCCUCGCCAUAACUUCUU